AUUGUAAGACUUUUCCUUUGAAAGAAAAUCUUUCGGUUCACUUCAUGUAAUAGAAAUUCAAUCUACGACUACUGAUCACGUGCAUGAUGUCCAAUGCACCCUUCUAAGCCCCACACCAAAAAGGCAACCACACACGUGUCCUGUUGGGACGCGAUUCUCCACAACGAUACGACCCCAGCGGAGAGUCGGCAUGGCAGCCGGCGAUUGGUCCGGUCACGGAAGCUGAAAGCAAGAACCCGAUGAAGACAAGAGAUUUGGAGGUGACGGUGACACGCACGAUGAGAAGCCCACGUGGUUGGAGAUCCCCGUCCUUCUCUUGCCACGUGUACACCAAUCUAAAUGGUUGACAGACUCCACGUGGCGGAGUUAAUUCGCCCAUGGAUCGGUGCCACAUGCCAAGCUGUCAACUCUCCUCCCUCUUCCACUAUAUAUACACAUCAUACAACCAAAGAGGAACAUUUCAUUCUCUUUCUCUUUCAAAAGUGAAAAACAGUUGGAAGCCAUUUUCCCAUCCUUCUUCCUUUCUAGAGCUGUGUUGUUAAAAGAAGAUUGAAGAAAAGCUUAGAAAAAGGAGUAAUAUAUUCAUUAUGGGAAGUAUUGAUAGAAAAUCAUCCAUUGAAAAUGAGCCAAGAACUCUCAAAAUGAAUCAAAUCCAAUUUGCAAGAGAAGCAGCACUUUAUGUGUUAAACACAACAACAAUAGAAGAAGCAAUGAAGAUUUUCACAGAGGGAUUAAAACCAGUGGAAUGUAAAGCAAUUAUUGAUGAAGAUAAAGAUUCAAUAAUGAAAAAUUGGUACCAUGAUGAAGAAAUUGAUGAGUUACAACCUUUUUAUCAACUUAGAGAUAUUGUCUCUGCCCCUUUUUAGUUUUUUUUUUCCUUCUUUUUUUUUUCUUUUGAUAAAUACACACAUGUAAAGGUUUCUGUCUUAAUUCUUUUAGUGGAAAGGAGCAAGUUUUAAUUUC